CUCAUUCUUUUCUUGCACACUCAACACAGUAAAAAUGGUGGUGUCUUUGAGACUCCCAUCUCUUACUUCUCUCUUCUCUCCCAUCACCACCACCACCGCCAAUUCUCUGCGGCGGAGAUCUCCGGCGUUUCUACGGCGGAGUCGGAGCCACCGGUUUCAGUCUCAGCAGCUGCUGCCGCCGCCGCUGUUAGCUGCUCGAUUCUCGUCGGCUCAGGGAACUGCGGCUGCGGAGACGGCGAGCGAGGAACAACGAGUCGAUAGCAACGCGAAGAGCCGAGUCAACUCGGACAGAGACCGAGUCAUCACGCCUCGGUCUCAGGACUUUAACGCUUGGUACCUGGAUGUCAUUGCCAACGCCGAGCUCGCUGACUAUGGUCCUGUGCGUGGCACCAUGGUUAUUCGCCCCUACGGUUAUGCCAUUUGGGAAGCGAUUCAGGAAUAUCUGAAUGCUAGGUUCAAGGAGACAGGUCACAGUAACAUGUAUUUUCCACAGUUUAUACCAUACUCAUUUAUAGAGAAAGAGGCUAGCCAUGUUGAGGGCUUCAGUCCAGAAUUAGCUCUUGUGACAAUUGGAGGAGGAAAGGAACUUGAAGAAAAACUUGUGGUUCGACCUACAAGUGAAACCAUGGUUAAUCACAUGUUCACUCAAUGGAUUCAUAGUUACCGUGAUCUUCCACUCAUGGUUAACCAGUGGGUGAAUGUCACAAGAUGGGAACAUCGCACAAAACCCUUUGUGAGGACUCUCGAAUUUCUUUGGCAGGAGGGACAUACUGCUCAUGCCACUCCAGAAGAGGCAGAGAAAGAGGCAAUGCAGAUGAUUAAUGUCUAUACAAAAUUUGCUUAUGAGCAAGCUGCAAUACCUGUUAUUGUAGGUCGAAAAUCUAGAGUGGAAACAUUUGCUGGUGCUUCUAUGACCUAUACAAUUGAAGCCAUGAUGGGUGAUCGGAAGGCAUUACAGGCUGGAACCAGCCAUAAUCUUGGGCAGAACUUCUCUCGUGCUUUUGAAACCCAGUUCACAGAUGAAAAUGGACUAAGGCAACAUGUAUGGCAAACAUCAUGGGCAAUUAGUACCCGUUUUGUUGGUGGUAUUAUCAUGACCCACGGAGAUGAUGCAGGCCUAAUGCUUCCCCCAAGGGUUGCACCAAUACAGGUGGUAAUCAUACCUAUUUGGAAGAAGGAUGAUGACAGGGUGGGAGUUCUAAAUGCUGCAUCAUCUGUAAAAGAAGUUCUGCAAACUGCAGGGGUCAAAGUUAAACUUGAUGACACAGACCAAAGAACCCCAGGAUGGAAAUUCAAUUUCUGGGAGAUGAAGGGAGUCCCUCUAAGGAUUGAGAUUGGUCCUCGGGAUGUUUCCAGUGGAAGUGUGGUCAUAUCUAGGAGAGAUAUUCCUGGAAAGCAAGGGAAAGUGUUUGGAAUAUCUAUGGAACCUUCAAGUUUAGAAGCUUAUGUAAAAGACAAAUUGGACGAGAUCCAGUCAGCUCUUCUGGAUCAAGCAACUUCAUUUCGAGACAGCAAUAUUGUUGAUGUGAGCUCAUAUGAUGAACUUAAAGUGGCGAUCUCCCAGGGCAAAUGGGCGAGGGGUCCUUGGUCAGCUAGUGACGAAGAUGAGUUAAAAGUGAAAGAAGAGACAGGGGCAACCCUUAGAUGCUUUCCCUUUGAACAGCCUCAAGGAAAUAAAACGUGCUUGAUGACUGGUAAUCCUGCAGAGGAAGUGGCCAUUUUUGCAAAAUCAUAUUAAGGCUCCAAGAAUUCUUCUCUUUGAAUGAGAAAAUCAUUGUUUUGGCCCCAGUUGUCAAUCUUGUCAAGAACUCUUUCUUGCAACUGUAUAAUUUGGAAUAGAUUCCAAAGUGAUGUACAUUAUUGAUUGUUAUUUUCAGUUUGCAAUUUUUCUUGAAUCUAGUGGAGAUGGUUGAGUUUUAUGACUUUGAAGGGUGUGGAGUAUCUAGAGGAGAAAAGUACAUGGCUAUUAGCACUUCUAAUGUAAUCGUUUUUGCACUUGUUAUGUUCUCAGCAUAUGACAUAUAUUUUUGUUUUGCUUCUUUGCAAUGGAAUCAGUUUGAUUGAUUUUCA